AUGCGCGAUUGCGAGUGCGUGCGCGAGUGCGAGUGCAUGCGCGAACACGUGCACGAGUGCGUGCGCGAACGCUGCGUACGGGAGCGCGUGCGUGAAUGCGUGCGGGAGUGCGAUUGCGAGUGCGUGCGGGAGUGCGAGUGCGUGCGCGAACGCGUGCGCGAAUGCGUGCGGGAGCGCGUGCGCGAGUGCGUGCGGGAGUGCGUGCGCGAAUGCUGCGAGUGUUUGCGCGAGUGCGUGCGCAAGCGCGUGCUCAAGUGCGAUAGCGUGCGCGAGUUCGAUUGCGUGCGCGAGCGCGAGUGCGUGCGCGAGCGCGUGCGCGAGCGCGUGCGCGGGUGCGUGCGCGAGUGCGUGCGCGAGUGCGAGUGCUUGAGCGAGUGCGUGCGCGAGUGCGUGAGGGAGCGCGUGCGCAAGUGCGUGCGCGUUAGCGUGCGCGAAUGCGUGCGGGAAUGCGAUUGCGAGUGCGUGCGCGAUUGCGAGUGCGUGCGCGAGUACGAGUGCAUGCGCGAACGCGUGCGCGAAUGCGUGCGGGAGCGCGUUGCGCGAUGCGUGCGCGAGUACGAGUGCAUGCGCGAACGCGUGCGCGAAUGCGUGCGGGAGCGCGUGCGCGAGUGCGUGCUGGAGUGCGUGCGCUUGUGCGUGCGGGAGCGCGUGCGCGAAUGCGUGCGGGAGUGCGUUUGCGAGUGCGUGCGCGAUUGCGAGUGCGUGCGCGGGUGCGAGUGCAUGCGCGAACGCGUGCGCGAAUGCGUGCGGGAGUGCGUGCGGGAGCGCUGCGUGCGCGAGUGCGAGUGCAUGCGCGAACGCGUGCGCGAAUGCGUGCGGGAGUGCGUGCGCUUGUGCGUGCGGGAGCGCGUGCGCGAAUGCGUGCGGGAGUGCGAUUGCGAGUGCGUGCGCGAGUGCGAGUGCGUGCGGGAACGCGUGCGCGAGUGCGUGCGGGAGCGCUUGCGCGAGUGCGUGUGCGAGUGCGAGUGCGUGUGUGCGAUCGCGCGACCGCGUGAGUGUGUGAGUGUGUGA